CCCCAUCCAUUUUGAUCAGGAAACUGAAGCGAAAGGAACACGCAAAAUGCCCAUUGGAUGACUAAAAAUCGGGAGAAAACGUUGAUAAGACCUGUGACUUGGCAGCAAGUAUCUAUCACAGCUGGUCAUGGCUCAUGAGAGAAAGUGCAAAAAACAUAUACCUUUUACUGAACCAGAGGUGUGUGGAAUAUGUAUGGACACAUAUAAAAACCCAAAGAUUCUACCGUGUAGUCACACAAUGUGCCAGCAAUGUCUGGAGAGAAUGUUAGCUUCUGGAUAUCGGUCUGACGUGCUUGUAUGUCCAAUAUGUAGACAACAUCACCAAGUCCCUGAGGGUGGCGUGGAAAAGUUCAUGCCCAAUUAUUUUGUUCCCGCAUCUUCAAUGGAAUCAGUUACUUGCAAUGUAUGCGAUGCUAUUUUAUCAGACUUUCAAAAGAAAUCCGGAAGAUGUUCAUAUUGUGAUGGACAGAUGUGUGCUCAUUGCUAUCAGAAACAUAGUCACCCUGAGAAUGAAAUUCGUGGAUUUCAACAGGAAGAUGAAUAUAGUGAUGGAUUGGAUUUGGAUGGCUCACAUCGAAACACCAUGCGCAACUUAAUGAUGCAACUUCAGGGUAGGACUCAGAGUAUCCAGACUGGAAGCAUGAUAAACACAUUUCUGUGUGAACAGCAACUGACACCACCAGUCAAGAUCACCAGUAUUGUUGUGACUAAUGAUAACAAAAUGUGGGUUCUUGUUGGAAAUGGACCUUUCAUUAUCAAGUACGAUUCCAAAGGUAUAGAACAUGAUAGAAAAUUUGUUGAUGGAAGAUUGUUGGACAUAGCACUACACAAAGAUGGUUCCCUACUAAUGGUUUUAGAGGGUUACCAUUCUGUGAUGUUGCACACCGAAUCCGAAAUACAGGAGUAUGUGAAUACCACAGAGAGUCUCCGUCCGCAGUGUAUUCUUGUGCUUCCAUCAGGAUUUCUUUUUGUGACUGCUGUGAACUUGACCUCGGUACAACAGGAGCAUGUCAUCCUUGUUUACAAUUGUGAGGGUUCUAUUAUUAAUACCAUUCAGAGUUACCAGGGGGGUGUUCCUUAUGGCAGAAUUACAUCCCUUGCCUGUAAUGUAAAACAUGGACAUAUUUGCAUCACAGAUGAUAAACGGCAAUGUGUACUGUUCUUGAGGGAGGGUCUGUCUCCCCUGAGUUAUACAAGAUCUGAUGGAUUUCCGACGAGGAAUCGUGGAGGUGGAUUCUCAGACCCAAGGUAUCGGGGCUUCAAACCAAAAUCAUCAACUUGUGAUUCAAAGGGGAAUGUGUUUGUGUAUGAUGAUGCUUCAGGUCUGAUACAUGUUCUGAAUUCGUCUGCCAAACUUUCAGGUAUUGUCUUGACAAAUGAUGAAGAGUUGUCAGGAAAUCCAAAUUGUAUAACCAUUGACAAUCAAGAUAGGCUUUUGGUUGGGGAUGAAUUGUCUGGAAAAAUCCGUAUUUAUGACAUUGAGGCAAACUACAAUAAUCUUGGCCAGAUAGAUGAAAAUGCUGGAGCCUUCUUUGCAUCAAUUCAGCAGCGGUUAUCAGAUGCAGGAGAAAAUGGUAUUCAGGAGCUGGUGGACAUCUCCGCACAAAUCAAUAUGAACCCAGACACUUUAAUGAAUUUUGUACUCAAUCACCAACAACCUAGUUAAUGAGUGGCAUUUAUGUAAACCAUACGUGUAACUGUAAACUAUUUUCUAAAUUAUGAAGAAGCUUUUAUAGGUUAUCGUGGUUAAAUAUGGGAUUGAAAAUAGAACUUUUUGUAGUCAGGUUAGUGUUACAAUAUGUGUUCAUUGAAGCAUGUAUGAGAAUAAACUUUUUUGUAUUUAAAUUAUACAACCCUUUGCCAGACACUGGGGCAGCAAGAUGGUCGGUCUUUGCUGUAAUGACAUUUCCAAUUGAAUAUAAUAUAUACAUUUCUCAGAUUUCAUAUGUAGACUUCCCUUGGUCCCUAGCUGUGCAAAUAUAAUUUUGGGACCUAUCCAAAAAAACAAAAUGGCCCACAUGUGGCUAUGUUUUAUUUUGAAAGUUGAAGCCUGUUAUCACUAUCCCUUGAAAAUCACUGGAUGCAUCUUUCUAAAAGUGACAUGUAGAUUCCCUUAGUGCCUUGUUCAAUGUUUGGAUAGAUCAAAAAAAUAAUAUGGCGAACUGGUGACCAUCUUGAAUUAUGAAAGUUGAAGUUUGUUAUUGCGAUAUCUUGAGAGGUACAAGAUUGAUUUUCUUCUCAGAUUUCACCAGCAGAAUUUCAACUAGUCCCUUGUUAGGCAUUGUCCAUUAUGUAACCAGUUAGAAGACCAAAACAGCUGAUAGCAGCCAUCUUGGAUUUCGACAAUUGAAGUUGGUUAUUUCUACAUCUUGAUAAGUUUUCAUAUAAUGUUAAAUAGUUUUCCCUGGAUCCCUAGAUGUGCAUAUUUCAUUUUUGGAAGGAAGGGAAUUGCUACCAAUAAAGAUGAUAUAAAGGUGGUGCCAAGAUCCCUCUGAGAUUUCUUUCUCCUGGGAUCUUGUUCAGCAGUUUUAAACUUGUCUCUUUCAAGGUUAGUAGUCUUCAUCACUAUGACACAAAGUUGUGGUUUUUAGAGCUAUACCUCAAAAGCAAUUCAGCUCUUUUCUACAAAAUUUUGUACAACUAUCAGUCUUUUAAGUGUCUGUAUUUUCAUACCAAAGCAAGAACAAGGGAUAAUGCUAUGCUUUUUGCUCCUUAUUUUAUUACAACCUUUUUAUCUGUCAGAGUUGAUACUGUAGAGCUUCAAUUUCCAUGCUUCAUAUAACUCUCAAUCCUUAACCAUCAACAUCUGCCAUCAGAGAUUCAAGUGUUAGUAGAUGGGAUCAGUGCUUUUCUGAAGUCAUAAAUAUAUAUUAUCUCUGCAUUAGUUUUUUACUGCUUUCACAAAAUUGACUGUUCUGCAUUUAAGUAGAUCUAAGUUAAUACAGUACUAUAAAUCAUAAUAUGAUACUUCAGUCUUUAUACUGAAUAAAUUGUAUGCCAUGCCCAGUAGAAAGUUGAGAUAGGGAGAUCUCAACCCAAGGAAAAAGAUUACCUUGGUAAGUUGGUUAACAUGUUGUCAAGUGUUUUCAACAUAGUAAUCUUUUCCCUGGGAAUGUCACAUAAUUGAUGUGACAUCAUAAACAUAAAAGGGAAAUCUCCUGGUCUCAAGUCUACCAUGAGAUGAGGAAAUCUCACACUUUUAAAAAUUGUGGAUAAACCAGUCAUGAGUGAGAGAAAAAUUAAUCAUUUUUAUGGUUUACUGAUCAGAAUGAUCUGAACUGCAAUGACAGCAUUUGAGAUCUGUUUUAUAUUGCAGGUGUUAGACUGGAUUGGCCUAUGAAACAUGUUUUUUUUUAAAUUGUUGAUAAAUAACAGUUGUUCUAUAUGUUUAUGACUAAA